AUGACGCACUCCAACGAAACCCUGAAUGGUUCCGUCAAUGACAAUGCAGAUGUAGAACGUCUUGCUCUUUCCUCAAACCUACCAGAUGCUGUGCCUGAUCUCCUUCAUACCGUUACAAGCCAUGGCAAAGACCUCCUCGCUCAGGAUCCAGAAGCACGGGCUAAGCUGCUAGAAGCUGCCCGAUCAUUGACCUAUGCAUUGGAAACCCCCCGAGAGGCAAUUAUUCGGCACUGCUGGUCCGAGUCUACGAGUUAUGCAGCCCUAGAGACCGCCGUUGAUAUAAAUCUCUUCGCUGCUCUCGGCACAGAUGACAAGCCAAAGACUGUCGCAGAGCUUGCUGAGGCAACCAGCGUGGAUUCAAUCUUGCUCGGGCGAUUGAUGAAGCAUCUCGCUGCAAUGGGAACAAUCACCGAGACCGGCUACAACGAAUACUGCCCGACUGGCUUUUCAAAGACCCUCACAGUUGAGAGAUAUAGUGAUGCCUUCCCGCUCAUGACCCGCCGUUUCACCAAAGGAAUUAUGGCUCUACCGGCCUUUCUCAAGAAAAACAACUACCAAAACCCCACAAGUCCCACCGAUACAGCUUUCCAGAUGGGCUAUGAAACAGACAUGGGUUUCUUCGGACAUGUGCAACAGGAACCUAUCACGGCAAAGCAGUUUAAUAACCACAUGUCAGUCUACGCGCAAGGCCGAUUCCGCUGGAUGGAUCCCGGUUUCUACCCGGUUCAAGAACAGCUUAUAGACGGGGUCACGAUUGGCGAGGACGAUGUCCUGCUUGUGGAUGUUGGAGGUAGCUUUGGUCAUGAUCUAUCCGAUUUCCGUCGGAAAUGGCCUGAAGUCCCUGGUCGUCUUGUGCUUCAGGAUCUGCCUGAGGUAGUGGUUUCCGUUAAGGAUUUACAUCCCUCUAUUGAAGUUACUGGCCAUGAUUUCUUUACUGAGCAACCAAUCAAAGGAGCUCGUGCGUACUAUAUGCAUUCUGUUCUGCAUGAUUGGCCCGAUGAACUUUGUCGCAAAAUCCUCGCUAAUAUUGUGGCGGCUAUGAAGCCCGGCUAUAGUAAGGUGCUGGUGAAUGAGAAUGUGAUUCCGGACACAGGAGCGUACUGGGAAACCACAAGUCUGGACUUGAUUAUGAUGGAAAUUGGAUCUGGCGAGCGUACGGAACGUCAAUGGCAUGCAUUGCUAGAGUGUGCUGGACUCAAAAUUGUCAAGAUUUGGACUGCCCAGAGGGGUGUGGAGAGUUUGAUCGAGUGUGAGCUAGCUUGA